UCCAUUUUAUCAGUCUCACUCUCCUCUCAUUUACACUCUGCAGCCGCCCCACUUUUCGCCGGUGACGGUCAUAUUCUCCGCUGGCAACCGCGCCACUCCCCACGAUCGAAUUGAACCGUGCAGACCCCUAGUUGACACCUAACAUGCGGAGAAAAGGAAAUAAAGGAAGACAAGCAGAAAAACGAAAUGCCUCAACAUGAAUCAAGCUGAAUAGAAUUGGUGUCAGAGAUCUGCUACUGAACCGUACCCUAACUUCUUCGUACUUCCAAUUUUAAUUUUAUUUCAAACUUUUUGUUCAUCAUCUCAGCUGCAGAUCGAUCUCCAUUUGUUCUUGGACGACUUAUUUCUGUGUAGUUUGCGCCAGACAAUAUGGGCUAUGCAUCGCAAAUUGUCAACCAUUCGAAAAAGUUAAGAGGUGCUUCAAAGUUCCUUCGGCAAGCUAGUGCGGUUCGGUGGUUUUCAGAGGAUUUACAGUCCUCUAUUGUCAAAAAAGAUGAAAUUUGGAAGAUCCAGGGCCGCGGUUACCAGUCUUCCCAAAAAGGGGCAAUUAGGAACCUUGUCAACUUUAACAACAGACCGCACUUUCUCCAAUGUAAUAGAGGUGUUUCAAUGAUGACAACAAGUAUUGGGAAUCCCUUUUUUGGCAGUUCACUGACAAAAUCAAACAGAGGUUUUUCCUCUGGCUCAGGUCUUCCCCCGCAUCAAGAGAUUGGAAUGCCUUCGCUUUCCCCUACGAUGACAGAGGGCAACAUUGCAAGGUGGUUGAAAAAAGAGGGAGACAAACUUUCUCCUGGGGAAGUGCUUUGUGAAGUUGAAACAGAUAAAGCAACAGUAGAAAUGGAAUGCAUGGAGGAAGGUUAUCUUGCCAAGAUAAUUCAUGGAGACGGAGCAAAGGAAAUUAAAGUUGGCGAGGUAAUUGCCAUUACUGUUGAAGAUGAAGAGGAUAUAGCAAAGUUUAAAGAUUAUGAACCCACUUCAUCAAGUUCUGGUGCUGGUGCUGCAGCUGCUGAGUCAUCUGCCCCUAGCUCACCCAAGAAAGAAGCAGUUGAGGAACCAGUUCGUUCACCCGAGCCAAAGACUGUUAAGCAAGGCCCUGCUUCAGAUGGAGAGCGUAUUUUUGCUAGUCCUCUGGCGAGAAAAUUAGCAGAAGAUAACAAUGUACCCAUUUCAAGUGUCAAAGGAACAGGUCCUGAUGGGAGCAUUGUAAAGGCUGACAUAGAAGAUUACUUGGCUUCACGUGGUAAGGAAUCAACCACAGCCCCCAAAGCCAAGGAUGGAGCAGGUGCACCAUUGGAUUACAGUGACGUCCCACAUACUCAAAUAAGAAAGGUUACAGCAUCACGAUUACUGUUCUCAAAGCAAACCAUUCCUCAUUAUUAUUUAUCCGUAGAUGCAUGCGUUGACAGGCUCAUGGAUUUGAGAAACCAGCUAAAUGCAUUACAAGAAGCAUCUGGUGGAAAGAGGUUAUCUGUUAAUGAUCUUGUUAUUAAGGCUGCUGCCUUGACUCUUAGGAAAGUCCCUCAAUGCAACAGUUCAUGGACGGACAAUUAUAUUAGACAGUAUCACAACGUGAAUAUUAAUGUUGCAGUGCAGACUGACAACGGACUCUAUGUUCCAGUUAUCAGGGACGCCGACAAGAAAGGUUUAUCUAGUAUUUCUGAGGAGGUCAAGAAAUUGGCGCAGAAAGCGAGAGAGAACACUUUAAAACCAGAAGAUUAUGAGGGAGGCACUUUUACUGUGUCCAACUUGGGAGGUCCAUUUGGCAUCAAACAAUUUUGUGCCAUUAUCAACCCUCCACAGUCGGGCAUUCUUGCUGUUGGUUCUGCCGAGAAGAGGGUGAUACCAGGAUCAAGCGCUGAAGAAUUCAAGUUUGCUUCCUUCAUGUCUGUUACCUUGAGCUGUGAUCAUCGCGUUAUUGAUGGGGCAAUUGGUGCGGAAUGGCUCAAAGCCUUCAAGGGCUACAUCGAGAACCCUGAAUCGAUGUUGCUAUAGAUUGAUCGACUUCUCCGGUUUUCAUCAAACAAAUUUUCGUUUUGUCACAUAAGCAGUCAUAUGGAAAGAUAUGAACUCGACCUCAGCUCUCUUUUCAAAUUAUUUUCAGCUUUAGUUUUAUCCUUACAGUCUCCUUUUUCGUAACCAAGGAGAUUUGAAGUUUGCAUAGACUACAGGAAUAAGGUAUAUAGUCAUUGUUGAGGCAUUCAACUUCAAAACGAAUCUAUGAUGUAAUUCAUUUUUUCGUUCUAAACCGGCCACAUACUCUCGAUUGGUUGAUUUUCAUAUCAAUAACGGAUAGACGAAGAGGAUCUUUUUUGUACGUUUCAUUGGCUGAUAAUAUAGUCAAUUGCUUCCAUCCAUUUCUCAUCUUCUAAUAUGGUAAUUUGUUAAGAGCUGGGAGAUAGAAAUGUGUCUAAACUCUUGUUGGAAUGAUCUAAGCUUUUUAUUUUUUAUUUU